AAAAAGAAAUAACAAAAGUAAAGAAAAUUUUUAGUGUAGCCUUUCGGCUUUCGCCCCAAAUUUAGUUAAGACUUUGAGGGGGUUUUCUGACCCAAUUUCUCUCAAGUUUCCAUGGCAGCUCGCUCCAUUUUCCUCACUCUCACUAGAAAUGGUCGUGGCAGAGAAAGGAGUGGUCUAUUUAGAUCGUUUACUUCAACAACUGAAGUUGUGUAUGAAGAGGAAGAAAAUCAAGAUGAUCUAAAGAGCAGAAUAUUCAGUCUUAGAUUACCUAAAAGAAGCGCUACUAAUGUGCUUCAAAGAUGGGUCAAUGAAGGCCGACAAAUUGAAAUCUCCGAUCUCCGUUACAUCUCUAAAGAGCUCCGCAAAUCUCGCAAAUUCAAGCACGCCCUCGAGAUCUCAGAAUGGCUGGUUUACCACAAUCAGGAUGAAGCAUUGGACUCCGACUAUGCUACCCGCAUUGACUUGAUGACCAAAGUUUUUGGAAUUGAUUCUGCUGAACGUUAUUUUGAAGGACUGCCUACCACUGCAAAAACUAGUGAAACCUAUACUGCUCUCCUCCAUUCCUAUGCUAGUUUGAGACUAACUGAGAAAGCUGAGGACCUCUAUGAGAGAAUGAAGAAAACAAAUCUUUCUCUGAAUACCGUCACUUAUAAUGAAAUGAUGACUUUGUACAUGUCUGUCGGACUGCUCGAGAAAGUACCUCUUAUUGUUGAGGAGAUGAAACUUCAAAAGGUCGCACCAGACCUCUUUACUUACAAUUUGUGGGUAAGUUCAUGUGCUGCAGCUCUAAACAUCGAUGAGGUAAGACGAAUUCUUGAUGAAAUAAGUCUUGGCUCUGACACUGGUGAAGAGUGGAUAAGAUAUAAGAACCUUGUUAACAUAUAUAUCACCGCAGGUAACCUUAUAAACUCAGGGUUGAACUCUGUAGUUGAGUCUGAGAAGGGUAUCACACAAAGAGAGUGGAUAUCAUAUGACUUCCUUAUUAUUCUAUAUGGUGCAUUUGGAAAUAAAGACAAGCUUGAUCAAAUUUGGAAAUCUUUACGGAUGACUAAUCAAAAGAUGACUAGCAGAAAUUAUGUCUGCAUACUCUCAUCAUAUCUCAUGCUUGGGCAAAUGAAGGAAGUUGGAGAAAUUAUCGAUCAGUGGAAGCUAUCUGCAGCGACAGAUUUUGAUCGCUUCAGCUGCAAUAGACUUCAAAAAGCGUAUAAAGAAGUUGGGUUGGAAGAGAGAGCAGUAGAUUUCCGGCUGCUUCUAAUUCAGAAAGGAUGUGACCAAAUAGAGGAAUCAUAGUAGCAGGACCAUGAGAUCGAACAUGUUAAUUUAAGAACCCGUGCCAGCAUGUUAUGCGGCAGUAUAGAGAGAAAUAAACAAUCCCGAUAAAGUAGUAAUUUCAUCUAUACUGAAUUUUGCUUCUGUUAAAUUGGCAGUUCAUUGUGAGCCCAUUUCUGUUGAUCUGUGGAUAGCUGUGAUUCUUUUAGAAAAGUUCUGCAGUUAUUCUCGACGUUGUAUUCUAUUUAGCAAGCCUUAUGAAUAUUUAUAAGGAAUAUCUGAUGGAUAUCUUUUCUUUCCAAUUAUUCGACACGAAGAAAUCGUGUUGUUUGCACAGUAGGGAAUUAAUUCAAAGCAGCUAUAAACAUGACUUCCUUUGGUUCUA